ACAACUACCGGGCAGCGCCUCCCUACCCAACAUGGCCGAUUCGGAGUGAAGGGGGGGGGUAGGAGAUCAUCGUAACGACGUGAACGGCCGUGAUGAUGAUGAUGGUGGUGGUAGGGACGAUGAUGUCUUCUCGGCUGUUGUCGCGAUGUGGACGUUGGGCGCUCCGUGUCCCCGCGGCUCCCCGCUUUGCCACAGCGACCGCGGCUGCCCGGCCGAGUGACCGCCCGGGUACGGCCCUUCUACAGUCCGCCUCUCGGCCGUGCCCAGCGAGGUCGCGGCGUUUAGCCAGCGGCACGGUGGCGAUGGGCGAGGCGGCGUACGAGCGGCUCGCCGACGGCACCCUCGACGCCCUUCACGACUUCUUCGAUGAGCUGGGGGACGCGCCGAGCUCGCCGCAGGACUACGAUGUCGCCUACGCGACGGGAGUAUUGACAGUGAAGCUUGGCAGGGGUCUGGGCACCUACGUCUUAAACAAGCAGACGCCAAACAAGCAGAUAUGGCUCUCUUCACCAUUCAGCGGUCCAAAGCGCUACGACUGGACGGGCGACUGCUGGAUUUACGCGCACGACGGAACGUCGCUCCACGUGCUGCUCUCGCAGGAGCUCUCCUCCGUGCUUCACUCGCCCUUCGACCUCACGGCGCUGCCGUACGCUGGCGGGAAGCUCCCAGAGUGAGCCGCCAUCGCUGCCGCCGCCCGCUGCCACUGUCACGUCGGCGACAAAACUGGCUCGUGGCACAGCGCCACCUGCUUGUGAGGCGUGGAGGCGGGAGGGGAGGGGAGGCGGCGGCUGCGAUGGUAGAACAACUGAACCUGACCGAUGGUAGAGCAACUGGCAUUGAUGAACAAACGCCGAACAUCAAGUGGACAUCGGAUAUGGGUGGCGUCAAACAUUGCAGUGGCCGGGUUACCACGUUGACAAAUUGACUUUGAUUUCUCGCCCAUGUCGAAAUGGGUACAGUGAAGUCUGAGAUUAUCCAUGGUCACGCGAGCGAAGGCAUUGGCCCAGGUAAAAUAAGUAAUUAAAAACACCUGAGAAUUAGGCUUUGUUUUACCGAAUAUAGAAUGGGGGUGAAUAAUUAGAACGUGUCCAAGUUUUUUUUAUUUAAGUACAUUAAUCAGUGCACUUGGCAGUGUAUUCGUGGCUGGAUGGAUCACUGAGUCACUGACCCUCAACGAGUGAAGGGCAGCUCUUGAACCAGCGCCCGUCAGGGCACCUUAUUUAUUUAUUUAUUCGAAAGUGCUGUUCAUUGCCCGUGGAUAAUCGUGACUUCACUACUUUUUUGCGCUCUCAAUAUCGACUGCGCGAUAAUGACCCCGAGCACUCGCGAUUUAAUCUUGUGAACGGUCCCAUGUGGGCUGUCCGAUGUUGGGAAUUCUCGGCAAACAAUAAACCGGUGGUGUUUGUGUAUA